AUGGAAGGGCGUAACGAGCAUGCCAAUGAGUCGACCCCUCUGCUAGGCAGUACUGGAACGUCACCUACUCAGAACCACCGCUACCAUGGAGCCCACGGCUCUGUAGGAAAAGGUCCUCAUUGCGACUCUUCGUCUAUUGCAUCGACUGUCAAGGACGAGGAUGCGACUGUGUUGGAUAUCUCUAGAAUCACUUCUGCUUCCCAGGGUAUACUUGACAGUGGACCACCACCUCCCGAUCAUGCAGGUCCAGAGGAUAGUCAGUCUAAGGAAAACACAGGCUACGCAGCACGAUUCAUCAAUGUCUCGCCUGCACGAUUCUGGCUUAUCUUUGGAGGGAUCAUGAUGGGAUAUAUAGUUGCGUUUUUCGAUUCAACGCUGAUGGCAUCGAGUCACCCGGUGAUUACCUCCUACUUCCACGCCUCGAACUCUGCAUCUUGGCUCUCGAACUCUUUUCUUUUGACGUCUACUGCAUUCCUUCCUCUCUUUGGGCGCAUCUCGGACACCUUUGGACGAAAACCCGUUUAUCUGUUCUCUAUUGUUGUCUUCUUUUUCACCACUCUGUGGUGUGCAAUGGCCCAGAGCAUUGGCAGCCUUAUCGCCGCGCGUGCCUUCUGCGGUCUUGGGGCCGGUGGUGUGCUUGCUUUGGGAAUGAUCCUUUCCAGUGACCUGGUCCGCCUCGAGUACCGCGGUGUCUACCAGUCUUACAUCAACCUUGUUUUGGGAGUAGGUGGAUGCUUAGGAUUAGCUUUCGGUGGCUAUCUAUGUGACAAGGUGGGAUGGAGAGGCGCUUUCUAUGUACAACUGCCGUUUAUCUUUGUGUACUUCUUCGUGGCCGCGUGGACAACCCCGGCUGGUCUGGGGUUGAAGGGUGCGAAACGAGAAAAGAUGACACUGUCACAAUUGGUCAAGAACAUUGACCUGGUUGGCUCGUUAAUCCUGAUCCUUGCUGUGACGUCUCUGAUCAUGGGGCUCAACCUGGGUGGUAAUGUGUUCAGCUGGACUCAUCCUGUUAUUAUCUCAUCCUUGAGUCUCUCUAUCGUCUUAGCGGUAAUAUUCGUGAGAUACGAGCGCGGUGUGGAGCGUGCAGUUAUGCCAAUCUCACUGCUAUCGAAGCAGCCUCGCGCAAGUAUCAUCUUUGGGAAUUUCCUUGGAUCUAUCUCUGUCAACACCAUGAUCUUCAACAUCCCGUUGUACUUCCAGGCCGUUAAACUGGUCACUCCAACCGAGUCUGGGUUCAAGAUGGUUGCCUGUACGCUUGCAGUCACCAUGUCCAGCGUCUCAACAGGCUUUCUGAUUACAUACACCAAACGCCUAAAGCCCACGAUAAUAAUCGGCGACAUUCUUAUCCUUCUUGGUGGCUGUGCCGCUGCCACGAUAGGCGCUGCGACCCCGGAUAUCAUUGCAAUGAUAUGUGUUUCACUCUCCAGUCUCGGCCAAGGCUUUUCAUUCCCUUCGUUCAUGGUGGGGGUUCUUGCUACAAGUGACCAAGAAGAGCAAGCAGUAGCCACCACGGCGCUCAGUCUAUGGCGAAACCUCGGCUCAGUUAUGGGAGUCGCCAUAAGCAGCUGGAUCUUCCAGAAUAGCUUGACAUAUCGACUUGAGGAAAUGGUCACAGGACCCAACAAGGAAGAUGUUAUUUUGCUCGUUCGCAAAUCAGUGCGAGCCAUCGCAGAGCUGGAUCUGAUGCACCAAGAACAAGGUUAG